AUGUCAGCACCGAGCAACACACCGUCGCCCGCAUCGGGCCCUGUUCCGGCUAUGCUGAGAUUGCCUGCCGAGACGGUUAUGGAUAUCCUACGCUAUUUUGUUCCCGCCGGCGCCCUCACGAUCACCCUUAAACCCCACACCGGCGGACGCUGGUACAUGCCACGGCGGGAAACAGGUCCAAGACGUCAUGUCAUCGAGAGCCGCGCCGCGCUCAGAGCCGCUUGUCAAGCAUGGCGAGCGCUGUCGGUGCCUGCCCAGAUCUUGCUCUAUAGUAAGGUCAUCAUCACCGACUGCCGAGGCCUUUUGUACUUCUUCCGAACCAUUUGCACAGCCCCCGACCUCCGUCGCCUGGUUGUCUCUUUCGCCUGGCUUGGCCAGCUGCCGACAUCUUCCCUCGAGCGCAGCAUGAGAGAGGAAUUGCACGCCGCCAUUGUCGCAGCGCGUUCCGAAUUCCCACGACCAUUCUCGGAGAACGAUGCAUUCAUCCACUCCUUCACACGCACGGACUCUCCCUACCAAUCCCUUGCCAACAUGGGCGGGCUACUGGGUGCCGUCCUCUGUAUGGUUCCGGACGUCACAUGUCUCCAUCUUACCACCUCAAGAGUGUUGUCAGACAAAGAAUGGAUGAAGUGGCUACCUAAAACCCCUGUUCCCAGCGUGGGCACGCCACGCGAGCGGGAAAAGCUGUACUGGAACCGUCAGACCACUGUCGACCACUGGUGGAUUGACACGAUCCUCAAAGCCACAUCCAAGUCUGGCAAAGCCCCUCUGGGGUUCAGGUUUCUACCAAACCUCGAGUCGCUUGUUGUCGAUUCUCUGAGAAACGAACCACCCUGCUCACGAGACCCUAUGAGAAUCGUAGGAUUUCUGGCGCAACUAUGCCCCCAGCUCCGAUUCAUCCACAUCGAUGACGGCUAUCUUUGGGGAAAAUAUCUGAAAUCUGAAUCGACCGGGGAGAGCAUAUCGAAGUUAGUGGCGCACAUUCGUUGCGAUAGAGCGUCGACGUACUCUGGAGGACCGCCUCACGUGUCUCCCAAGGUGAUCAAGCUUCAGCUCGACUUUCUGGAGACUGAAAGAGGUACCGUCCGAACCAGGACCCAACAUCUCAAAGCCCUCAUGCGUCUCGGCAGUCUCGACAGGCUGGAUCUCACCGUCACACGCAUAAGAGGAGUAUUCGAGUACUUCAACAACCACGGUAGCAGUCUUAUCCAUGACCUGGGCCGCAUGGGAUGUCUUCAACACCUGCAGAUCGACUUCGCGACGCUGGUCUCCUUUGGAGACAAGGAGGCCGCCUGGGAGCUCGGUGGUUUCCUUCCCGAUUCGCUCGUCACGCUGAGCCUGAUCAAUCUCUGGCGUUCGCCGCUGGGUAGGGAUGAGGGUGGUUUCCAUCUUGCUUGUUUCAUACCGUCGCGGGAUAUCUUUUUCUCACCGUCGCCCGACUUCCUGCGUCUCAUUUUGUCCCAGCUGCUGGAGAUUGUGCGGGAGCGCCGUAAAGUGGACGGCCUCCCAAACCUCAGGGACAUCAAGAUGAGGUCCAAGAACCCAAAUCGCUUUGAGGAUCAUUGGGCGUCGAAAGACAAAUCUGGCCAGACUGCACGCGAACAGUUCCGUCAGCUAGGUAUUGAUUUUGUCGUGGCUGACUUGGAGAAGGAGGGUUGA